AUAUAUAAUAUACUCGUUCGUAGCAUCGCUUCACAGUGAGCUCUGCAGCUUGCUAAUUUUCUUCUUCUUCGAUCUUUUUCUUCUGUGGCCUUCGUUGUUGCUUUGGCUUCUUAAUUUGUUUGAGCUAACAGUGAUGGCUCACUCGGGCUGUCUUGUGGUUUUUUUCUUGUGCACUUUCCUUGCGAGUGGUUUGGUGUUGGCUGAUGUUGGAGGGGUUGAGGAUGACAAGCACUUGAUUCACCGUCCGCAUUUGUACAAGACGACAGGUCUAGGUCGUGGGAUUUUUAAGAAAGGGUUUAGACAUGGAAGGUUUGGAAGAGGUGGUCUAGGUGGUGGCGGUGGCCUUGGAGGCGGUGGCGGCCUAGGUGGUGGAGGUGGGCUUGGUGGUGGUGGUGGUCUAGGUGGAGGCGCGGGUGGUGGCUUUGGUGGAGGAGCUGGUGGUGGAGGGGGUCUAGGUGGUGGAGGUGGGCUUGGUGGGGGUGGUGGUCUAGGUGGAGGAGCUGGGGGUGGUUUAGGUGGUGGCUUUGGUGGUGGUUCUGGUGGAGGCAUUGGUGGAGGAGCUGGUGGUGGUGGGGGUCUAGGUGGUGGAGGUGGACUUGGAGGUGGUGGGGGAGCUGGAGCUGGUGGCGGGUUUGGGGCUGGUGGUGGAGCUGGUGGGGGUGGCGGGCUUGGGGGAGGUGGUGGGCUUGGUGGAGGGGGAGGUGGAGGCUUAGGUGGAGGUGCUGGUGGUGGUGCAGGUGCAGGAUUUGGUGGUGGUGCAGGUGGUGGUGGAGGUCUUGGUGGUGGUGCAGGGGGUGGUGGAGGCCUUGGUGGUGGUGCAGGUUCUGGGGGAGGGUUUGGAGCCGGAGGAGGGUUUGGCAAAGGUGGAGGUGUUGGUGGUGGACUUGGUGGCGGUGGAGGUGGAGGUGGUGGAUUUGGUGGAGGUGGUGGCUUGGGGGCUGGUGGUGGUUUUGGUAGUGGGGGUGGUGCUGGGUUUGGAGGGGGACACUAGAUCGAGUACGUACUAGUUGUUUGGAAGAACGCUGAUCUGUAGCUAGCAACCAUGCACAGCAGUUGUUCUCGACUUGUUUACGUGGUAGGAGUGAUAUAUAUAUAAUGUGUUCAUUCAUAAAGGGAUGAUGUUGUGUUGGUCAUACUUUCUUCUAUUUUAGUAGAGAUUAGCUUUGAGCAAUAUUAAUGUUGAUCGAAACUUUCGAAGGUAAAGCGCGCGUUGCAGCUUAUAUAUAUAAUAUAUAUCAAAGAUAUAUCUCUGUAUCAGCAUGAUUUGCAGUUGCAGCUAGCUUCGAUCCUGUUGCAAGCAUAUUAUAAUUAUAAGCCUGUAAUUUCUCCCUCGUGAUGAAUAAAGUAAUUCCAAGUCUCGCUA